CCCGCCGCCGCGGGGGAGACGCGGCUCCCGGCGCUGUGCGCCCGAGCUGCUGCUGCUGCUGCUGGUUACGCCAGCCCCGCCGCCUGCCUCUCCGCUCUCCUCGCCUCUGAUUCUGCGCACAGCCAGCCCCAAAGCCUGUCAUUCUGCAAAACACAGUUUACUCAACAGAGAGAGCGAGUGGGGGAGCGGGAGAGGUGGAGAGAGGGAGACGGCGCGGAGGAUCCCAGUCCCGCACCCCAGCAUGGCUUCGGGGGACCUUUACGAGGUAGAGAGGAUUGUAGACAAAAGGAAGAACAAGAAGGGCAAAUGGGAAUAUCUCAUCAGGUGGAAAGGCUAUGGGAGCAAUGAAGACACCUGGGAACCUGAACAUCACCUACUCCAUUGUGAGGAAUUUAUUGAUGAGUUCAAUAGACUACACGUUAGCAGAGAAAAGCGAUCCCGGCACGGGAAACAGGCCAGCGGGCCAAAAUUACUGCGGGAAAGCCGAGGGUCGUCCAUGGAGAAAAUACCACAYAGACCUGAAUCUGGGAAGUCUAAAGGAUCAACACACAAAAGGAAGAGAAUUAAUCCAUCUCAUCAAAAACAGAAACGAGGAUAUGCAGCAAAGCCAGGAUCUGCAAAUGACAGGGCUGCUAAAACUGUGACUUACCGAACUACUCCCAGCGGUUUACAGAUCAUGCCACUGAAAAAGCCACAUAAUGGUCURCAGAAUGGAGAUGGCAGCCAUGAAAAAGAUUCUAGACAUUUUGGGAAUGGCUCACAGCAGCAAAACAUGGAUUUAAAUGAUCACGAAGGAGAGCAAACCUUGCCCAGCGUGUUGGAAGUCAGUAACGAUWCCCCUGUUGUGAAUGGAAUUGGCUCUUCCCUGGCCAAUGGAAGCUUGAAUCUACACAGCACUGUGAAAAGGAAACUUGAUGGAGAGAAAGAUUAUGUCUUCGAUAAGAGACUGAGAUACAGCGUGCGACAAAAUGAAAGUAACUGCCGCUUCAGGGACAUUGUAGUCCGGAAAGAAGAUGGUUUCACACAUAUUUUGCUGUCAAGUCAGACUUCAGAGAACAAUGCACUSACCCCAGAGAUCAUGAAGGAAGUUCGGAGAGCAUUGUGCAAUGCAUCAGCUGAUGACAGUAAACUCUUACUUCUCAGCGCAGUGGGAAGUGUAUUCUGUAGUGGCCUAGAUUACUCAUAUUUAAUUGGCAGGUUAUCCAAUGACAGAAGAAAGGAAAGCACUAGGAUUGCAGAAGCUAUAAGGGAUUUUGUAAAAGCUUUUAUUCAGUUUAAGAAGCCAAUUGUGGUUGCUAUCAACGGCCCUGCUCUGGGGUUAGGAGCUUCUAUUUUACCACUCUGUGAUAUCGUUUGGGCAAGUGAGAAGGCUUGGUUUCAGACACCAUAUGCAACAAUCCGACUCACUCCAGCUGGCUGCUCAUCAUACACAUUCCCACAAAUUCUGGGUGUUGCACUGGCAAAUGAAAUGUUGUUCUGUGGGAGAAAGCUGACAGCACAGGAAGCCUGCAGCAGAGGACUGGUGUCACAAGUAUUUUGGCCAACAACAUUUAGCCAAGAAGUGAUGCUACGAGUGAAAGAAAUGGCAUCCUGYAGUGCAGUGGUAUUGGAAGAGUCCAAAUGUCUCGUGCGGAGCUUCCUGAAAUCCGGACUUGAAGAUGUGAACGAGAAAGAAUGUCAGAUGUUAAAACAGCUGUGGAGCUCUUCCAAAGGACUGGAUUCACUAUUCAGCUACUUGCAAGACAAAAUUUAUGAAGUCUGAUGUCUUGGCCUAACUUAAAGAGAAAUCUCUCCAGUUGUGACCAGAGUCAGACAUGACCGUGUUUGAGAAGCAGAGGCAAUGCAUCAGUGAGGAAUUAGUGACAGUGAUCCCAAUGCCUGUGGCUGUGUGGAUUUCCUGCACAGCCACUUGUAGCUGGUUUGAUUUUGUGUAACCAAGWCGUGGGCAGGCGUUCAGUGCACGUAACCUGUGCAGAGGCUGCAUCUUUCACAUUGCUCAUCCACAUCCAACUCUACAUUCCAUGUGCUGAGAAGCACCACUGAGACCCAGCAAGGCUCACCCACCUGUAAGAGUUUAUUUUGUCUGUCCUUCUUAACUUAUUCUUGCUGUUGCAGCACAUCUGGGCUGACACAGAAGGCUCAGUCUAAAAUCCGGGUCAGCAGAACCUUUCGUAGACCCAAAAAUCAUACGUUGGAAAUAUGUUAAUUAUUUUUUUCUAAGUUCUAACAGUUUAAUGGAAAAAUCUGAUAAUUUAUAUGUAUAAUAUGUAAAGUUAGUUUACAAAAACUACUAGAUUUUUUUUUCUUUGUUGAAAUUUAUUUAACUUAUUUAUUUUGUGUUCAUAUUCAGCUGUUUAUUGAUCACAGAUCUUAUUUUCAUAUUUCCCUUGACUGAAUUAAUGGCAUCACAUGAGAAUGCAAACACAUUUUUAGCAGCAAACUGAGUAGAAAAAUAAAGAAUAUAUAGAAAACCCACAGAAUGUUGUGGGCAGUAAAUUAAACAGCCACGUGCAUGCUCCUCUAUGUGUAAAAUUGUACAAAAAAAAAAAAAGUAUGAAACAGAUUCAUUUGCCAGGGUUAAGAGAAAAAAGUGGAUUCUGACAGAGUGAGUCCCCCUUAAGUCUCUCUCCACUUUCUGCCUUCUUGAGGAGCACUGAAGGGCUCGCCAACCAGAUGCUUUAUUUAAGUUUACUAUAUUCCUGUUAGCCGGAUAUCAGUAACAGGGUGAAUGGUGCCGUUCCGUGGCAUCGUACUGUUUUUCAGGUUUAAACACCCCUUUUGGUCUGAAGUCUAAAAGCAAAUCCUUAUGAGCCUUAGUCUAGUUGCCUGAUUCCUCAGGUGUGAGAUAAUUUCUGCUCUGGAGGCCUUUGGGUGUGGGCCAGCAGUUUAUACAAGGUGCUAGGCAUUGAACUAAGUGGAGGCAGAGGUUUUGUGUUGCUUUUCCCAGCUCUCCACAUCUGGCCACCCCACCACCUGUUACAAGAACUUAUGGCUAUCCAUAAAAGCAGUCCCCAAUAAAGAAGGAAAAUCCAAUCUGCUCUUUCCGAAUGUGACCCCAGUACUGUCCAGUGACACGGACUGACUUCUGAACACUGGAUCUUCUCUCAGUCCUUUCCUGCUAUGGGCAGCUCAUGUGGAAAUGACAGGAGCGUGCUCUGAGACUUCACCUGCCAUUAUAGUGUGCCCAAAUUGAAACCUCUUGAAGCAGAAGCUUUGCACAUUUGUUUGCUUUGUAAUUUGUGCACUUGCUCUCCAUCCUUGAGCUCAGUGACUUAUUAUGGUUUAAACCUCUGCAAAUGAGGCUGCUCAGCUUUCUCCCUCUUAGUAUUUCCAUAAAGAGUUUCAACAAAGCCUUUGUAAAGUUAACGAACAGGUGAUUACAGUAAACAGUAGCCUUCAACACAUUUCUUUUUCCGCAAAUAAUUASAAGUGCUGUUUUUAUGUCCUAAUUGUACCACUGAAUUUUAAGGAAAUCAUUACCCUAAAUUCAGAAGUUCUCAUGGAAAUUCUCCAUGUAAAAGACAGAAUCUGGUUUCUAAUUAGCCUGAAUAAAAUGUUUUUUCAAAGAAACUUAUAGAAAUCAUUAGCUUAUUUUAAAAUAACUGAAAGACAACUCUUUCAGUAACUAUUUGAAGCGAUGGAUGCACCACUUGUUUUAUAGCAAUCCUUGCUUUUGUCCACAACCUGCCAGCARUGCUGCAGGGUGUGUUGGAUCAAGGCCCCAGGCCCCCAGCCUGGCAGGUGCACAUGGAGUCACCUGRAAAAAGAGGGAUCCCCCAAGUGAAAACCACUCACACCUUCAGAAAAAAGAAAAAAAAAGGCAAUGGAAAGUACCACGAUUCCUCAAUUUCCUUUAUUCCCAUCCAGAGAGCCAUAACUCCUAGUCAUGUGUUAAUAAGAUAUUAGGAAGUUUAUUUCACUACUAUGCUUAGUUUUUGUAGAUAAAUAUAGCAAGAUUGCUCAGCAAUGUGAAGGAAUGCGUUCCGAAUGAGAUUUGCAAACAGAGAAGACUCUUAUGUUGUUGGAUCUUUUAAACUACACCAUUUCAUCUGAAUUUUCAGAUAUCUGUAUCUUAGCAUUUUUUAUGACAAAGGAAUGGUUGAAAUACAUUUUCUAUAAUUAUUUUUCCAUUAAAGCAAGCGCUAACCAUAGUUAACAUUUUUAAUUAUUCAUAUCUAUACAGUUACAAUCUAGUUUUCAUGGAAUCUAUUUUCCCUUCAGAAAAGAGUAGUAACAAUGUUGAAAGCUUCUUUUCCAGUAUUUAAAUAUCAGAAUAUGAAUUUUCUCUUGUGUUUCUAUCCUUACUAGGUAUUCAGAUAUCUAGAUGUACUGUACAUAUUAGUCUGGGUACCUUUACUAAUAUUCACAGUAUUUAAGAUUAAAAAUGCAAUUUGUUGUUUAAGUAUGUUAUUUUAUUCUUGUGUAAAUUGUUUUGUACAAUCUUUAAAAAUCUACAGUUUUGCAUUUGUAGAUAUUAAAGGUAAGCAAUUUAUUUUGUGUUGUCCUGCAUGUAUAUUUUUGCUGUAGAUAAGUGUUGCUUAGUUUACUAUUUCAGUACAUUUCUGUUAAAUAAAUAAGCUUACAAACUUUAAUACAGUAUAUAUUUUCAAAAUAUAAACUUUUAUAUUUCUGUGGUAGGUUAGGGUAUGCGUUUUAGGCAAUCUUUUUCACUACUAUGAACUGUUCUUUUAAUCUAUAAUAUAAUGGUUUUGUGCCAAUAGUUUUUCAUUAGAAUGAAAUGCUCUUUUAAUGUUAGGGAUGAACUGACAAUUUUGGUUGGGGUUUGUUUUAUUUUUGGUUUUGGGUUUUUUAAUUAUUUUGCCAGCCUUUACAGUUUUAAAUAUAAUUUAUAAAUGUAUUGCAUUUGUGAAUAAGCCUUACCAUUAGGUACAAGAAAUCUUUAAAGCUGCAUAAUUGCUUAUGUAGCACUAAGGACUUCCCCAAAUAAUUGCUGUAAGAAAGUUAGCAAAUCAGAGUACAGGGCCUUAAGUUUUUCUUGUGAAAAGGAUAAUACGGGUUGUUUCUUUUGAACAACAUAGGUAGACUUGUCAGCAUGGGCUUUGUUAUAUAUAAACUGUGCAUUUGUGCUCCCAACCAUGGUAGUUUAAUCUCAGGCUUUGUGUGGCUGGGUCUAUAAAAGUCAAAUCUGGCUAAAGCCAGCACUCUUUAGGCAACACUAAAGAAGUUUACAUAAGAGACUUAUAGACAAUCUUAUCAUAGUACAUUUGGGUACUCKGUAUCCUCGAUGUGUUAGCUGUGUCUGCCCAAUUAACCGUAUGUUUUAAGCCAUAUUAAAUCUCUUUACUGCUAUUUUAAAUACUACACUGAAAGUCAUUCACUAGCUUGCUUGCUCACAGACAGGAUUUCGAUUUUUAGUGAAUAAAAAUAUUAUGCCUUCCAUAAAAACAAAGGACCAAAGARUUGCAUUCUUCUAACAAAGCAUUAGUUCCUUUGCCAGUGAACUAGUUUGACAUUUGUACCGAAGAUCAGAUAGUUUCUUUCUGCUUCAAACACUGCGUUCUCAUCCAUGUAAGGUGGAAGGGGGAAAGAUGUAUCCACUGAGUUAUUGGGAAAGGAGUGAUGUUCAGCUGGGAUGGCAUGUCUAUUGGUAAGGCUUAUUACCAAACCUCUGAGAUGAAGCAAAGAACCAAAAAUUCACAAGUUAUGUCAAUGUAAAUUUAUUUUCAGAACUUGCACAAAUAGUUAAUUGUAGAACUUUGCAAAUUAGGCCCUUAAGUUAUUUURUCAGAAUGCCAUGGAACAGACUAAAACAGUUUCUAAUAUUUGUAACAAUGAGUACAUAUUAUAAUAUUAUAAGGGUACAGGCACCCCUAUAUCACAGUGUUGUAAAUAUUUUCUGAAACUGGUACAGUACUGAGGGACUUGUAUCUUCUGAUAUAUCAAAUAUUGACUGUCUAGAUCAAAUUGUACACAAUUUAUUUGUUGAUGGUCCUGUAACUAGUGUAUGGACACAUUUCUGGGUGCCUUAGAAGUUGUAUUUUUCAUGUGUGUUAAUAUGCAGUAUUUAUACAUUGUGAGAAGCUGCUUUGAAUAAAAACAUUGAAACUUCACUUC